ACAAGUUGAUUAUGUAAAUUAUUCGUGUUAAGUGUAGUUUUAUGUCAACACCGUAGGGGUCCUAUUGACCAGGCAGAUUUACCACACGGACACUCAAACACAGCUGCCGAGAUGUGCACCAGGAAUCAGUAUCUGGAACUGGUCGGUUUAUUUGUACAGGCGAAGCCUCAGAAACCCCGUGUCCUAAGGCCUUGUCACCAGCAUGAACUCUUGCUGCAGCUCAUCUGCCGUCGCAAGGAGCUGCUGACCAAGAGCCAGCUCGAGGACCUAAUCUGGAACAUAUCCAAUGGCCCGAAAAAGAAGACCUCCAAGUCCAGGAGGAGGCAGUGUGGUGGCAUGGAUGUGCAGACCGAACCCACCGAUGCUGAAGUAGUGUUCGGUUGCAGCGAGAAGACGCCACCUGGCACCAUUUCAAACAGAGGCUGGGGAAGAUCACGCAUCGAGUGGCUGCGCAAGUUAGAGGUACAACAGAAGCAAUAUUACCAGGCCUGGCAGGAAUCCCAAGGGGUCAAUGCUUGCAACAAGCCAAGCGGGAUUUCAAGCCAAAAGGACAAGGAACCCAGCAUAUUGAAGGCCAAGGAAUCCAGUGGAUCGAAGGACAAGGAUACAAGGAAAGCCAGGAAGAAGCAACCCGGCUGUUGGUCCCUGCUGCCUUUCAGCUGUGCCUGGGACCUCGGCCACGAUUCCAGCUGCCAGGACGUGCCCCACCGCAAGAAGAGUUCGUGAUUCGCCUUUUGGCCCCCAGUGUGGGAUUCAACUUUUUCGACCGAACCUGCACUUUGAUUUCGAUUUUGAUUUCCAGUGCGACGAGACCGCAAUUAAAUUCGUCUGCCGACACAGCCCACGACAAGUACUUGCUGCCAAAGUUGCAUCCUGCGGCUGACGAGUGGAUGUGCCCAAGGAGGACUCUGAUUCCCUUAUCCCAGUCACGGCCUAAUUUGAUGAAUUCGUCAAGUGCCAACUCGAAGACCAAGUUCUGGGCGCCAGUUGAAAUCGGCACGAGUCUCGAAGUUGGCCUGUAGUUCAACGAGGCAUUGAGUGCAUCAACUUUAAACAGCAUCAACUUUAAAACAGUGAAAAGCCAGCGCAUAGAAAAUAUUUUUUGCUUUUGGUUUUUUGUUAAAGUGGCUAAAAGUGAAAUGACCUUCGAUAUGAAAAGCCACAAUAAAUCAAAAGUUAAAUCGA